UUCCCGGUGCGUGGACGGCGUAGCAUACCAGACAGACAUCAUGGCGUCCUUAUCAAUGGCCCCAGUGAGCAUUUUCAAGCAAGGUGCUGAUGAGGAGAAAGCAGAGACUGCACGCCUGUCCUCAUUUGUUGGAGCCAUUGCAAUAGGGGAUCUGGUUAAAAGCACUCUGGGACCAAAAGGAAUGGAUAAAAUCCUCUUAGGCGGUGGUAGAGAGAGCUCAGUCACAGUGACCAAUGAUGGGGCCACUAUUCUGAAAGCUAUAGGUGUGGACAACCCAGCAGCUAAAGUUUUGGUUGAUAUGUCCAAAGUCCAGGAUGAUGAGGUUGGAGAUGGCACCACUUCAGUGACAGUUCUUGCAGCAGAGCUGCUGAGGGAAGCUGAGCUCCUGAUUGCAAAGAAGAUCCACCCUCAGAUCAUUAUCUCUGGUUGGAGGAAGGCUACACAGGCUGCCCGUGAAGCUCUGAAGGAGGCUGCUGUGGAUCACGGAAACGACCAGGUGAAAUUUGAGGAGGACCUUCUGAACAUUGCCCGCACCACUCUGUCUUCCAAACUGCUGACCCACCACAAAGACCACUUUGCCAAGCUGGCUGUGGAGGCUGUACUGAGGCUCAAGGGCUCUGGUAACCUUGAGGCGAUCCACGUCAUCAAAAAACUGGGAGGAAGCCUCACGGACUCAUAUUUGGAUGAAGGAUUUUUGCUUGACAAGAAGAUUGGUGUCAACCAACCCAAGAGACUGGAGAACGCCAACAUCCUUAUUGCCAACACUGGCAUGGAUACAGACAAGAUAAAGAUCUUUGGCUCUAGAGUGCGUGUGGACUCGACGGCUAAGGUAGCAGAAAUUGAGUUGGCAGAGAAGGAAAAGAUGAAAGAGAAAGUGGAACGCAUCCUGAAGCACGGCAUCAAUUGUUUCAUCAACAGGCAGCUGAUCUAUAACUACCCUGAGCAGCUCUUUGCUGCAGCUGGAGUGAUGGCCAUUGAGCAUGCAGAUUUUGUCGGAGUGGAGCGCCUGGCUCUGGUCACAGGCGGAGAGAUCACGUCAACCUUUGACCACCCUGAGCUUGUGAAGUUGGGCCACUGCAAACUGAUUGAAGAGGUGAUGAUUGGAGAGGACACACUCAUUCAUUUCUCUGGAGUAGCCAUGGGUGAGGCCUGCACCAUUGUCCUGCGCGGUGCCACUCAGCAGAUCCUGGAUGAGGCCGAGCGAUCCCUGCACGAUGCUCUCUGUGUUUUGGCUCAGACUGUCAAAGAGACUCGCACUGUUUACGGUGGAGGAUGUUCUGAGAUGCUGAUGGCAAAGGUGGUUACUGACGUCGCCAACAGAACACCAGGCAAAGAGGCCGUGGCCAUGGAGUCUUUCGCUAAAGCACUUAGAAUGCUGCCCACUAUCAUUGCUGACAACGCGGGUUAUGACAGCGCCGACCUGGUGGCUCAACUCAGAGCGGCCCACCAAGAGAACAAGAACACUUUUGGCCUGAACAUGAAUGAGGGCACCAUUGGAGACAUGGCAGAAUUGGGUAUCACAGAGAGUUUCCAGGUGAAGAGACAGGUACUGCUGAGUGCUGCUGAGGCUGCAGAGAUGAUCCUGCGUGUGGAUGACAUCAUCAAAGCUGCACCAAGGAAACGAGUACCUGACCACCACCCCUGUUGAAAAAGGAUGGUGUCAAGAGAAGGGGGUUAACCUGUGUAUUUAUUACCUGAAAGGGCCUCUGUUUCUCCUAGUUCUUGCGCUCCAUAGUCAAAUGUUUCGUUACAUGCUAUAACUGCUGCAGAGGCAAUUUGUGUGUUGCUUCAGUUGUGGUCUUGACUUUUUAUUUGUUGAAUUAAAACAAGUGUAC